CUGAGAAUGGACGAAGGGCCUCCCCCGCGCCUCUGGCUUCUGUAUAAAUACAGACGCUGGUGGAUGGAGACUUCACAGCAGAGAGAACAGGCUUCUACAGCUCAACUCAGACUUCAGACCGAAUCAAACCAACAAACCAAUCGAACCCAAUCAGGAUGGCUCCUCCUCGCCUCGCUCUGUCCGUGCUGGUCGUCAUGGUCGCCGCCAUCGCUCUGGCUGAAGGUCUGCGCGGCACCGGCCCGAAGAAAUGCUGCUUCAGAUUCAAUGAAAGCCCGGUGGCCAGAGAAAGAGUGGUGGGCUACACCAAGACCAGCCAGCGCUGCUCCAACCCAGCCAUCCUGCUGAACACCGUGGCCGGACGUCAGCUGUGCGUCAGGGCCUCAGCUCCCUGGGUGAAGGAGCUCAUCACCAAGCUGGAGACUGCCCCGGGAAAGUCAUCCACCAUGUAACCGCGGCAACGGGAGGUCGGCCAUGGCAACGCCUGUGGACCACAUCACGCCAGUCUGUGUUUUCAAACUAUAGCUGUCUCUCUGCUCGUAUAUAUUUAGUCUUUAAAGACGCUGGAGCGAGACUUUUAUUACAAAUACUUUUGUCAUUUUAUUGAACGGCAGUUUAUUUUAUGAUCUUAUUUCUGUUGUUAUUAUUAUUAUUAUUUUUUUUUUGCUCAGUACACUCAAACACUGAAUGUCUGACCGUCAGCACUGUGAGCUAUCGAACAAUGAAACUGACCUGAGAAGCUUGUCACUGCACAACAGCACAGGAUCCAUGGUCAUCAGUAGAGAAUAAGCUAUGAGCUUAAACGAGGAACCCGGUUUUGACAAACUAAUAAUUUAUUUCUGUGCGCUUUUGUUGCUAAUUUGACCCUUUUCAAUAAAAUGAAGAAAAAGAUGAA